CGCAGCCAUGUUGUUUGCAUGUGACAAAUACAAUUUGAUUAGGUGUAUGGAAGAAGUCGGAGCUCAAGGGUGUAGACGAGUUUCGCUCAAGUAAUUAAGUGUUGGAGAGGCGUUCAAGUGGAUUUUCCAGUCAUAUGCUCGUAUUUACAAGAUGCUAUGAAUGCAGCAUCGUCUCGCGCAUGUGGAUUGGAACGUCCCUCAGACGAUAAAGCUGAUAGGUCGGGAUGGGAAUUUUGCGACCCCCCACUCAGCAAACUCUUCGUAAUGACAUUGCUUUGUAAACACAUUUACAACCUGUUAUUUUGGUUGAUGCGGCGCGUGAAAUAUCUGUAGGAAGCUAAAUUAGAUGGGUGCGGUGUUCAAGUAAGAGCACGCAUCAACAGGACUAGUGAAAAGCUGUAAAACCGGAUGGAAUUUACUGUCAGUUCGUGAAUGUUUUAAUCGUGUGAAAGCCUGCCCAUUUCGUUGCUACCAGUCAAGCGAGAGAGACCAGCCAUCCAGCCGACAAUGUGGAAGACGACGGUCCCUAAAAAGCAAAUCCCGUUAGGUGGAAACAGCUAUGAAACCAACCCGUAACACCUGGGGACAAGAUGAGCAGUUGACUUGACGUUUUGCCUUACCCGAAACGAUAAAUAACAGUUAACUGUGACUCUCGCAACCCUCGAAAAGCGUAUUCAAAGAAUCAGAGAUAAUGGUGGCUCUCUCAUCGGUUUUAACGCCACUUGCUCGGCAGCUGCACAGACAUCUCAUCAAGCAAACUAAAGGCCAACGUUUGAUACCUGUGAGAAGAUGCAACCUCACCGCAUGUUCAAGCAAAUAUGUGCUUUCUGCCUUGCAUCCAAUGUGGCAGGGACCACUCGUUGCUCCAGGGGGUAACAGACAAUCUCCUAUCGAUAUUCGGGUGCGUAAGAGCGUUUUUGAUCCACACCUUAAGCCGCUGACCCCGGAUUACGACCCCGGGACGUGCUCACAGAUCUGGAACAACGGGUACUCAUUCCUGGUUGAGUACGAUGACACCACCGACAAAUCCAUACUUAAAGGGGGUCCUCUGGAAGAUAACUUCCGGCUGUGUCAGUUCCACUUCCAUUGGGGGGAGAGUAACGCGUGGGGUUCCGAGCAUACCGUGGACCGCCGCCUCUUCCCUGCUGAGCUCCACAUGGUCCACUGGAACUCUAAUAAGUACAGGCGGUUUGAGGAAGCUGUGAUGGAGGAGAAUGGACUGGCUGUCAUCGGAGUCUUCCUCAAGAUAGGGAAGAGACAUGAGGGACUGCAGAAACUAGUGGAUGCCCUACCUGCUGUCAGACACAAGGACAGUGUUGUUGAGUUCACUAGGUUUGACCCAGCCUGCCUCCUGCCUGCUAACAUUGACGAUUACUGGACGUAUGCAGGGUCACUCACCACUCCUCCUCUGACUGAGGCAGUGACCUGGAUUAUCAUGAAGCAGCACAUCGAAGUCAGCCAUGACCAGCUGGCAGUGUUCCGGAGCCUUCUCUUCACCUCGGCAGAGGAGGAGGUGCAGAAGAGCAUGGUCAACAACUUCCGCGUGCAGCAGCCCCUGAGGGGGCGCACUGUGCGGUCCUCGUUCACCCCCUUCCUGCAGCAGGAGCCACCUGCAAAAGGUCCACAGACAGGCCACUGACCGGUACAUACUAACUCACUCGGACCCUUCAAACCAAAAUUAUGCAAUUACCCUAGGAAGCCUUUUUUUUUUUACUCUACAGAAGUCAUACUGCUGGCAUCUUCUUUCCUUAUGCAUUCAGAAAGCACUCAAAAUCCCUGUCAUUUAAGCGAAAUCAUUAUCAUUCCAAUGUCACCAUCUAAAGCUGUGGUAUUCAAAGUCAGGGACGUGACCUCUAGUUAGUUAGGUUGUGUGGGAACUGCUGUGGUUCCCCCCCCCCCCAAUAUUAAAAGUAAGCAAAUUGAGAGUACAGAUCAUUUUAUUUGACAUUAUACAAAUGUUUUUGAGAAAGAAUUUGAAAAAUACUAUUUUGAGUAAAUGUAUUUUAAUGGUUUCGUUUAAUUUUAAUAAGAGAAACUUAAAUUCAUUACAUCUUUAUUUGUUGAUGUAACAAUCGAAAUGUUUCCGUUUUAAGGUUGUGUCAUUAGCUCUGGGGUGGGGGGGUCUCGAGAAAGGAUUACGAAAGAAAGGGUUGGUCCCCCCCCCUGAAAAAGUUAGAAUACCAAUGAUCUAUAGGCUUUUUAAAAUUAUUUUUUACAUCUGUCUCACUGUCUGCUGUCCUGUCAAUAAUUGAGUCAUCAACACAUGGCAGGUAUAUUGCUGUAAUCGACGCUAACAUAUUUUUGAAAAUCAUGUGUCUUAGGUGAAUCUGGUUGGAGAUUUUUAUGAAUCCUCUUAAUGUUUAUAAGUUGUAAACCUUAUUUAUUCACUCCUUAUUAACAGUCAAGCUUGACAUGCUUCCAGAAACAAAUUAUUGAUGCUGCUGGAAUAAUUUGAAGUACUAUCAACACUUAUUAUGUAAACUAAAGAUGAUGAAUAU